AGACAAUGUCACAAUAACAGCCUGCUCUCACAGACUAGACGUAAUAUAGUAAAUGUGAAUCCGGGACACUCAAAUUAGUAUGAUAUGUUAUGUUUGGUAUGGUAUGGUUACAUAAGACAGAUGGUUUACUUAAGGCAGAAAUGAAAAUUGGGUGGUUGGUCGGUGUGGAUAGGUGGGCGUGUAACGCGUACGUCUAGUAACCCAAAGGUUGCGAUUUUGAAUGUCAUCAUGGACAACCUUUGCAUUUUAGCUAAUUAGCAACUUUUCUACUACUUAUUACUAAGCAUGUUAGCUACCCGUAACCGUAACCCUUUUAGCUAACCUUAACCCUUUAACCAACCCUAGCCUUAACUCUUUAACCUAACUUCUAAACUUAACUCUAACGCCUAGCUAACGUUAGCCACCUAGCUAGAUUUCGUAACAUGUUUUGCAAAUGCGUAGCAUAUUGUACAUUUUGCAAAUUCGUAACAUCAUACGAAAUGAGUGAUGGACAUCCACAAAUUAAUAUGUACCAUACCUAACGUAACAUAUUAAUCUAAAUUGAUUGUCUCGGAUUCAAGUACAGAAUAAUACAAAGUCCUCUGAGACCAGGUGGACAAGCAAAAACAUGAAAUAAAGUAGAAACUGAGCCUCACAGUAUAUAUUACAUGUAUUGUAGCCAAUCUAGAAAUAAUCAACCAUGGUCUCAUUCCUCAUUUAGUUUUCACCUACAGUAUAUGAUGUGCAGUAUUUACAGUAUGCUGUAGCUGUUCUCCCCCUGACCAGGUCUGUGGUCAAGCUGGCUGCCUCUGUGUCCUGACUACAGUCUGGUUCAGGGAAGUGAGCCUGCUUCUGUUUGAUUUAUGCAAGCAGGCCCAUCAUUUCAGAUUUUUCCCCCUCUGUAUUUCUUGCUAUAAUUUGGCCUUUUGCAGGGAUGCGGGGUGCAGGUUUUGCUCUCAGACUUGAACAUGUAAUUAAGUGUGGCAUUUUUCUUGUUAAUAUCACAGCACAGCUAAAGGUCCUCUUUAUAGGCCUGUGGCCUGGGGGGGAAAUUACAGCCCUGGGCACCCAGUGAUGGACCACCUAUAUACUCAGAGAAGUGUCUCUUUUAGCCACACUGAGAAAAUUAUAGGUUGUAAGGGAGCUUGUUUUACCUCUUUCAUUUUUAAGGCAUGAGUGAAUGUUUAUAGCCAGAACACAUUUUUUUAAAGCCAGUAAUUUGUAAUGGGCAUGUUGCAGUGCAAAUCCUGGCAUGAAGGUACACUGAAAACAAGGGCUACUCUUAACAUGUCGGUAGGGGUUGUAAAGUGACGUUUCAACCUUCUAGGGGAUACUUUAACAUUACCUGUGACGAUUUGAAAACUAGCACCAUUGCCUGUGCCACAGAGGUUUGACGCAUCAGGGAGAGAAGUGAGGGAUGGCUGAAUCAGAAGUGCUUAGAACAUUGAGUGAACAUGAAGUUCAGAACUCUCACUCCCCCAUCAUUUAUGAAGCAUGUGGAUGGAGAGAUUCAGUGCAGGAGAGAAACCUGAUCUACCCCUAGACAAGAUGUGUGUGUGUGUGGUUACAUACAUCCAUAUCAACACCAUAGCCUCCCCAAACCUGUCCCCUAACCACCUCAGUCCUUAUUUUCAGAAUCAUUUUUCUUGGCUCUAGAAAACUGCAAUUUGAGAGAACCAUUUCCUGUCAGUAGUAACCAGCGAACUCAAAUCAGAGGGGGAAUCACAUAGUUUUAAAGUUUCCCUUACAACAACAUUUUUCUGUGGUUUAGCAUACACAAUUCAGUAGUUUGUGUUAGAAUGAUAAUGAGCAGUAACAGUUACUUCCGCCCCCUCCACUGUGUGUUUGCACAGGACUAUCCUGGCCCAGUCAAACAAACUGUAGACCUUGAGACUGGAAUCCUGGGCAUGCACUCCCUCUGGUGCUGUGAUGUGCCCUCCAGCUACGCAGACCUCACCCUAUUGCCCCCUUGGCUCCUCACUCCAAAGGCUGAGCCCCAAGAGACUUGCCACUUUGCCCUCUGUGAUACUCCCACCCGCUUGUUCACCGUCAAGUCCUAUAUGCUGCAGUUCUACAUUUCCCAGCCUAAACUAUCAUGUGUGUCUUAUUUUCUAUCUACUGUAUGUGGAGCAUCUUUCAUGUUCUAUUAGAACAACCCAUAUUAACCCAGUCUCAUUUGGUUCAGUCACACUGUCUGUACCCCAUUACCCCCCCAUUCACCCCUUCCCUCCCUCCCCCUCUGGCUACAUUUCUCCCUCACCAUCUCAGUGCUUCCCGUUCAGGGAUUCCACAUAGUGCCCCCCUUAGUCACUAGGGGAAACAAACCGUGGCGACCAGGAUUCGAAGGAUUUCCCCCCUCGCCAAAUAAACUCCAAAGCAGGGGUACGAGCGGAGCAGGAGGGUGUUCUGAAAUACUGCUUAGGUAAAUGUGAACCCCUCCCCCUGUGCUUCUCAGUGUAGCGUGGCACCUGGACAAAGGCCCCACUCAGUCAAGGUCAUGGUUGGCAUCCUGUUACUUGAGUUUUAGGAAACGCUGGAGAUCUCCUGGUCUAUGGUGGAUUGCAUGAUAAUGAAGAGCAGUGCUCAAACUGACACAGAUGGGAGGAUGUUUGAGUCACAUUUCUCAUUUGGCUUUGAACCCCCAGAUACAGUCUAGGAUGUGAAUAAUCCCCCCUCAAAUUAAAUCUGUAAGGCCUCAAUUCUAUCUGAAGUUUGAUUCUGAGAGAUCCUCUUCCUCUGUCAACCUCUCUUCCCACAGGUCUCGGGGAACAGUGCCCUCUGGUGGACAUAAAUCACACAACCAUCAAGCCUGUAGAGAUUGUUUGAACAGGUUUAGACUUUGCCUUCUUCAUGCCACCAUUCAUUGUGACACAGAGAGGGUUUGAGUGUAAAUGGCUGUUCUGCCUCUCAUAACAUGCGAACCUAUUCUCAGGACUAUAAAUUAUAUUAAUCCAAACAGUAUUUCCUGUAGCAUGUUGGUAUCUUUACCAAGCACUGAACCCAUGCCUGAGAGAAGGGUGGGUGGGGAGUGUAGAGAGAUUUUCUCAUCCUCUGUCCUAGCUGUCUGUUGACACACGAGUGGUAGUGCUUGGGUAGUGCUUGAGUGCUUGGGCACCUGGGCACAGUGUUUAAACUGCUGAGUUUCACUGAGGGUUUCUCGGGUGAUUUGAGUAAAAAAGAAGAGGCCUUCGGCCAGUUGCACACACUGUGGCCUCUUAAAGGCCGACAGAGAGGGGUUUCACACAGAAAAAGGUAAAUCACUGGAUUAAGUGUUCCCCGUCUCUCACUGCUGCUAACCAGUAAUGUUACUGUGGUUACCUUAAUGUUGUUUAUUUUGGCCUUAUCAGAGUGGUACAGCAAACAUUUGUAUGAUUGAGGAGUAAUGUAAAUACAGUAUAUGUGCUGGUUUCUUAGCAAGAGGGUGGUGGAGGAUGUAUAUAUUUUCAGCUUUGCAGCACUGGCACUGCAAGCCAAUCAUGGGAGGCUAGGGGGUCAAGGCUUCCCUCUGAAGGGUAGGAGAAGUAGGACAGGGUACCUUCUUUGGGAAAUUCUUUCAGGACAGGUGAAGGAAUUAUUUGUUGUUUUUAAAAACCAUCAAGAGGAAAUGAAAGCAGGUCCAUCUCCAGACAGAAUAUUAGUCCAUGGAGCUCCUACAUCAAACAUGGAAGACCUGAAACCCAUGACUUAUUUUAGACAAGCGUCCCAGAACUACUAUAACGACGGGAGAUUUGUUAAUAACUUAAUACUUACAUACAUGUACAUUGAGUAUACAAAACACUAAGAACACCCGCUCUUUCCAGGACAUAGAAUGACCAGGUGAAUCUAGGUGAAGGCUAUAAUCCAUAAUUGAUCUCACUUGUUAAAUCCACUUCAGUCAGUGUAGAUGAAGGGGAGGAGACAAGUUAAAGAAGCGUUUUUAAGCCUUGAGACAAUUGAGACGGAUUCUGUGCCAUUCAGAGGGUGAAUGAGCAAGACAAAAUAUUUAAGUGCCUUUGAAAGGAUUAUGGUAGGAUGUGCCAGGCGCAACGAUUGGUGUAAAGAACUCCCAACGCUGCUGGGUUAACGCUCAACAGUUUCUCGUGUGUAUCAAGAAUGGUCCACCACCCAAAGAACAUCCAGCCAACUGAACAGCUGUGGUAAGCAUUGGAGUCAACAUGGGACAGCAUCCCUGUGGAACGCUUUCUACACCUUGUAGAGUCCAUGCCCUGAUGAAUUAAGGCUGUUCUGAGGGCAAAAGGGGGUGCCACUCAACAUUAGGAAGGUAUUCUUAAUGUUUUGUCCACUCAGUGUAUGUGCAAGACUGACAAGCCCAGAAACGCAUAAAAGCCACUGCAACAGCUUUCUAAUGUCUCUCACUGGUUUAUUAUACCUGUGUGCAAUAAAAUGUGGAUUCUGGUAAAAGUCUUUUGAACAAUCGUUUCUCAGUCGGAUCAUUUACAAAUGGUAAUUUAUCAGUGUCUGUGUUUGAUCUGAUGAGACUUUUGCUUUGUCUUGGCUCUGGUGGAGGAUUGGAGAGAGACUUUGUUAAUGGAGCAGAAUUCUCAAGUCAUUUUCAAAUCCCUUUUGCGAAGAUUAAUUCCUUGUGAAAUUCACAACCUAAAUGUCUCAGAGCAAUAUCAACUUUAUGGAGGAAUUAUGGGUAGAACAUUUUUAGCUAUUAGGUCACUGUGCAGCUGGCUUUUCUUCUGCUAGGUAAAUAAUAGCGACAACAUGAUGAACCAUCUUCUCAGCCGCACAUGAAGUCUCUGCUUCUCUGUGUUACUGUGCCAACCCUAAUCCAUGUCUGGCGGGACCCCCCGUGCCAUGUGUCAUAAACUUGUGUUUCUUCUAUGUAACAUGUUUGUUAGUGCAUCUUUAAUGUGCUGCUGCUGAGUCAAAUGAAGGCCAGCUGACAUCUCUUUUUCAUCUCGCUCUGUGGUCCCAUGUGGCUGUGUGUUUAGAUGACAGUCAGAUCAUGAUGGAGUACUACCAUGCCUUUACAUCCACAGGUCUGGGUCAGUACAGAAGAUGUAGGCAUGUAUGCUAUACUUUACAUGUGGAGCAGGAUGUAGAGGUUGGUGUGCCAGUGAUGCAGUGUGUGAAUCACAGUAUGUGUAAAGUUCCACCUUGGAUUCCCACUCUGAUGGGAGUCUUGGUCUCCAUACCUGGGGGUAGAAAUGUGAAUUCCCCAUGGGUUAAGUCAUCCUCACAGAGACAAUGCUGAGCUGUACCAGAGGGAGGGAGAUAAAGAGACUGCUCUGACAAGCUGGGUACUUGGUACAGAUGUGAAUGAAGUGUUUGCACAUGUGUGCAAAGUGAAGAGAGACGAGUGUAGUAAGAGCACCACCUAUUCUUCAUUCCUGUUUGGUUCCAAAACAGAACCGUUGUAAAUCAAACUGCCCCUCCACUCUGCUAUGAACAGAGGACAUUCUGUCAUGGCAUUCCUUGAGUGGCAUCAAAGCAAGGCCUCAAAAUAAAAGGCCAACAAGUGAAUAGUUGUUCAACCAUAAACUGAUAUCAUACCAGCUAUCAUAUCAUAUGAAGGAUAUUAUAAUACACCUAUAAAGAUAAUUAUUACUAGUAAUACAGUUAUACACAAAUUACAUUAUCACUAUCAAAAUAAACAAAUUAUAAUAUCGUGUGUGGAAUUAUUAAUUAUAUUUGCAUGUAUCCGACUAUAAUGAUAUACAAUCAUGCAAUAAUCUUUGAUAGGCUAAUGGUAAUUAUCGAUAAAACUGUCUUGAAGAAACUGGCAAAGCUUUUGGAUUGGAAAAGAAACAGAAAAGUUAUACAAAACUCUAUUACGCAUUUCGAUUGCUCUGGUUCGUAGUGAAUUAUAUACUUUGUGUUUUCCUUUCGACAUCAAUCGUCAGAGCGCAGGAUACUUGCCAAGAACAUAGCCUUCUUGAGGAGGGAGCUGUGGGAGUGACUAAAGAAAGAAGCGUUAAGAUUUGUUUCCCUCCUCACUCGUUCAGCGGGGUCUCUAUAUAAAGCACUGCGAUGCCGUGGUAAAGUUAAUCAAAAGUCACAAAGUUACUCUGCCCUCUAGGACCGCAGCCAACGAGUACAGCUCCACUUCAGCACCAAUUUAGCAAACGGGAAAUACUCAACCGGUGCAGAAGCUUUUGGAUAAUUGCCGAUAAUUGCCAGUGAUUGAGCAUUGUCUCUGCUGCGCUCAGGACCAGAGCUCACACAAGGCUGCCCACUGUAGUCUGCCUACCCAGAGCCCUAGACACAGACGCCCAGAUACCCGUCCCAGAGACCGGAGAUGACUUCUGCCAUGCCCCGCUGGCUCUCAGUCCUCACCCUCGCCCUCAACCUCCUGGUCCUCUCUGCCAGGGAAGGAGCUGCCCUCUUCCUGCCCGACUCCAAUGAGCUGCGGCAGCUACUGAGCCGGUACCAGCAUGACCAGAACAGCACGGAUAACACAGCGGGCAGUAGGACCCGACGGGCCAUCCAGUGGACAGACCGCGGGGAGAUUCUACAACUGCACAACAAACUGAGGGGACAAGUCUAUCCCACCGCAUCCAACAUGGAGUACAUGGUCUGGGAUGAUGAGCUGGAGAGGUCAGCCACUCACUGGGCAGAGGCAUGCCAGUGGGAACAUGGACCUAAUGACCUGCUCAUGUCCAUCGGUCAGAACCUCGCUGUUCACUGGGGCAGGUACCGCUCCCCGGCCUACCACGUCCAGGCCUGGUAUGAUGAGGUGAAGGACUACACCUACCCCUACCAACAUGAGUGCAAUCCCUGGUGUCCCGACCGCUGCUCAGGGCCCAUGUGCACCCACUACACCCAGCUGGUCUGGGCCACCACUAGUCGUGUGGGGUGUGCAGUGCACGUGUGUCCCAGGAUGAACGUGUGGGGGGAGAUCUGGGAGAAUGCUGUUUACCUCGUCUGUAACUACUCCCCCAAGGGAAACUGGAUCGGAGAGGCCCCUUACCAACAUGGCCGCCCAUGCUCCCAGUGCCCUCCUAGCUACGGAGGAAGCUGCAGGGACAACCUCUGCUUCAAGGGAGACUCUCAGCGUUCUGAGACUGAGGACAUGAACGAGGUGGAGAAAGCUCAGAUUCCCAUGUCACCUCGCACCACCGCCAAGCCUGUCCCCAGACCCAAACCCAAGCCUGCUGCUCCCAACAAACCCUCCGCUCCCAAGGCUCCCACCAGCACUUUCCUGGCCCAAAACAUCAAGUGUGAGACCAAAAUGCGUGACAAGUGCAAGGGAGCAACCUGCAACAGAUUCACCUGCCCUGCUAACUGCCAGAACAAGAAAGGGAAAGUGUGGGGGACGCUCUUCUAUGAUGUGCAAUCAAGUAUCUGUCGUGCUGCUAUGCACUAUGGCAUCAUCAAUAACAAUGGUGGUCUGGUGGACACUACAAGGAAAGACAAGUUGCCAUUCUUCGUCAAGGCAACAAAGAACGGCAUUGAGUCAUUCAGUAAAUACAAAGCCGGCAAUGCAUUUGUGGUGUCCAAAGUGGAAAAACAAUCAGUGGACUGCUAUGCAACAGUGGCGGAGAUCUGCCCCUUCAAGAAGCCUUACUCCAACUGCCCAAGAGUGUUCUGUCCGGCCAACUGCAAGAACGAGCCAUCCUACUGGGCUCCGGUGGUUGGGAACAGCUUCUACACAGAGCGCUCCAGUAUCUGCCGAGCAGCCACCCAUGCCGGGGUGAUCCAAGCCGGUGGGGGCUACGUGGACGUCCUGGCCCUGGAUAAGAAGAAGAGUUACGUUGGCGUCCUGAAGAACGGCAUCCAGUCAGAGAGUAAGAGCAAUCCAGAGGGUGGCUCGUUCCGUGUUUUUGCUGUGAGGGAGUGAGUCUCCUCCACCUCAGGUCCUCCCACUCAUUGGUUCAGGGACUAACAGGGUCCCCCAUCUGCUCUCAAGGGGCAGGAAGUGCCCACAGGUUCGAUGCCAUGGCAACUCCUCCCAUCUGUCUCUGUCCCCCACUCUGGGAGGAAGCAGAACUUCCCGUUGGACCAACAGACACUUCUCCCUCUUAGCUAAUAAACAGUAGCUGACUGCUCAAUUCGGUGGCUAACAUCACAAAGAACUCUUCUGUCUUCUCCUACCCUUCUCACCUUUAAACUCCAGAUGUGGAUAUUUUUGUAAGAUACACAAGCAGUAAAUGCAAAAUGAUGUGUAACAUCAAAUAGAACAUAGAACAGCUGGUGCUGGAUCUCUGCGUCUUGACAUGUAGUUAGGUUUCAAAUCAAAUAUGUCAUAUUUGUUUAUAUUUUAUGUUCUUAAUACAAGUGAAUCAUUGGUCUCCAUGCACAGGAAUGUAUAUUGAUCACUGUAUUUAAUCAUUCUGUACAGAUUUAAUUAAUUAAUUUCUUCCUUCUUAAAUGGGUGUAUAUUGACAGUUUUAUAUGUGUUUAUAAUGUAUUUUGUAGCUUGUCUCCGCUUUCCUAACCCAUUUAUGCUUUCAUUGGGGUCUUUACCUUUGGCGGAUAGGCCAUGCUGCUUGAGUUAGGAGAGGAUCUGUGUUUGGCAUGCUGGACGAGCUCACAGUGGACAGACAAACAGGUAGACAGAGACAGACAGACUUAGGGGUUGCGUAGGAAGGGAAGGGGAAUGAGGAGGAGAGGAAGGCAUACCUCCAAGGAAAAGAAACCUUUCCUGAAUACAGCUUGUACGACUUCCAGUGUCAAUAAUGUUCAGACGAUCUGGUAAAGGUACAAAAACAUUGUAACAAUAUUCUGUACACUGUGAGCUCAGGAAGGCAAUGGGAGCCUGUGUGGGCAGGGCUUUCAAAAUGGUGGCAUAUCUGGCUUCAUCCAAGGACAUUCACAGAUGAACAAUGUUCUUGUUUGAAAAAUAAUUCUGUAUUUAUAAUAGCUCACUGCUUUAUUCCCCCUUUCCUCUCUUGAUGCCAUGUGUUUUGAUUGAGUAAGAGAAAUACUCUACGAUAGGUUGAAUUUGUCCCCACUUAAGACAGUUGAAUGUUGUAGGUUUUGUAGAAAGAGGGUCUUAUACAGUCCAGUGUAAAAAAGGUGUGCCAAGUGUUCCUAUCAGCAGGCUUAGCUUCAGUUAGGAUUCAUGACUAGGUAAUGAUUUGUAAAAUACACAGAGGAUGCAGAACAUGAAUCUGUUUAAACCACUCAUACCCAGGGAUGUAAUAAAUAGUUACUUAUCCAGAAGGAAGGCACACAGAGGCAGAGGCACGCUUCAGUUGGGGAAUAUCCUCUUAAAUGCUGAGACUUUGUCGUGAGAGGAGAGUAAAUCUAUGUAAAUUGAUGCUGGAGGUUUUGGGUCUCCUAAAGAAGGACAUUAGGUAUCCUCUAUCUAUCCCUAAGCUAGACUGGACAGCAGUGCAGCCAUUCUCUCUUUGUUUUAGUUUUCAUCUGUCUAUUUUUUUUUUAGGCUACCUCAGUCUUAUAGUACAUGGGCAAUCUUAAGGGAAAUGUUAAUGGUUUGUACAGCUUUGGAAAUGGAGUGUAAUACUUUGAUUAGUCUUUUCCGAACUGUUCUCUAUGCUGUAAAGCCUUCUUUCUAAAUAUAUGUGGUGUGUUAAUUUUGUUUGUUUGUCUAGUUUGUAUGGUGUUUAUAGGCAUUGGAUGGGGUUUUGUAUUUUUUUUGUACAAUUUGAAAAUAAUUAAAGUUUGAAAUAGUUAGAA